UCUCGAAGAUUUCUCCUCGCUGGACCACAGGGCUCCAGUUUCUUCUCUCAGUGCAUCUCUGUACUCUUGGAGAAAGGUGCAAUUUUGUUACCAAUCUCCACAAGCAUUACAUCAUGCCGCGGAAUCCUACAAAUUGGGACGAGUACCAGUUUGGUCCCCAAGGUCCCCAGGGGUCUCACAGGAAUUCUGUCAGCUCUGCUGGUGGCCGUAGUAUUCGUUUCGAUGAACAAGUCGUUGGAUCCCCAUCUGCCAAUUCCAAUUUACUGGGAAGAUCCGAAGGCGAUCAACAUGGAGGCGACCUGCGAAGGCGGAGGUCUUCAAUUGCCUUGCGUCUUAAUGCUCUCGCCCACGUUGGAGGUGUAAAUAGUAUCGAAAAUUUUGCGAAGUCAUGGCAAAGGGCAGCUACUUUUAUCGAAGCUACGCCCCAUCGCCUUUCUUUUAUACUAUCUGCGGACCAGGAGAGAGAUGAGGAAGAAACGUUCGAAUAUGGCAGAACCAGUACCGAGUAUGGGCGUGGAGCACGAACCUCACUCCUCCGGGCACAUCUGGAGGCUUCUGGUAGUUCGGAAAAUGCUAUUGAGGACGAAUCUGAGGCUCCCGACAUGGACUCUUCUGCCUCUCAACCUGCGCAUCACAAGGAGUCAGAAAGCAGCCAUCGAGUCAGCGAUUUGCCAGGUGGAAAUGUGAGAGGAAGCCAUUCGAUAUUUGCCAUUGCACCGCAUUUAGCUACACCGUUGGCUGGAAGCUACGGGACAUCUUAUGGAACCUUGCAAUCCGCAUUGAGAGAAUCCUCUAUGAUCCAUGCUGGCAACUUGUGGAGACAGCAACAAGCUGAUGCAGCUCACAUUAUAGAAGGGGAACGUGAGCCUUUAUUCGUCAAAGAAGUUGAGCAAGAUGGGAAGGUUAUUUUGGUGGUGGAUGGCCAAUCCACGCUUCCCCAAACCAUCUUCAAUUCCACUAAUGUUCUCAUCGGAGUUGGGCUUCUUAGUCUCCCAUUGGGUAUCAAGUACGCAGGUUGGAUUUGUGGAAUGAUUUUUCUGCUACUUUCAGCCGUGGUUACGGCCUACACUGCACGACUUCUAGCCAAGUGCAUGGAUGUAGACGCCAGUCUGAUCACCUUUGCAGAUCUUGCUUUCAUAUCGUUUGGACAAAAAGCACGAAUAGUUACCAGCAUCCUUUUUACGUUGGAGUUAUUAGCUGCGUGCGUGGCGUUGGUUGUUCUUUUCGCGGAUACCCUUGAUCUUUUGAUUCCAGGUGUAGGUGUGGUCGAGUGGAAGAUUGUGUGUGGUCUUUUAAUGAUACCCCUGAAUUUUGCUCCACUACGACUGCUGAGUUUCAGCAGUGUGGUUGGGAUCUUUUCAUGUUUCUGCAUCGUUUCAAUAGUCUUCAUUGACGGCUUCAUUAAGCCUCAUACGCCUGGUUCUCUCCGCGAACCGGCCGUAACCUACCUCUUUCCCGCGAAUUGGUUGACCUUACCGCUCUCUUUCGGCCUCUUGAUGUCGCCUUGGGGCGGUCACUCCGUCUUCCCAAAUAUCUAUCGAGAUAUGCGACAUCCCUACAAAUUCAAGCGGGCCGUAAAAGUUACAUUUACGUUUACUUACUUGCUCGACUGCGCUACAGCCGUAGCAGGCAUCCUCAUGUUCGGGGACGGCGUCAUGACCGAGCUGACAGCCAACAUCAUCGAUACUUCCGGCUACCCUCGCGUCCUCUCUAUAAUCCUCAGCAUCUUCAUCGCCAUCAUCCCUCUCACCAAGGUUCCCCUCAACGCCCGCCCCAUCGUCUCCACCCUCGAAGUCAUCUGCGGCCUCGACGCUUACUCCCUCGCCGACUCCGAACCUCUCACAGGCCUCUCCAGCUACACUCGAGGAAUCCUAAAAGUCGCCAUCCGUGUCUUCGUCAUUGUAGUAUUUGUCACAAUAGCGAUUGUGUUCCCAGCAUUUGAUAGCAUCAUGGCGUUUAUGGGGAGCACCCUUUGCUUCACGAUUUGUGUUAUUUUGCCUCUGAUGUUCUAUCUGAAAAUCUUCGGGAAGGAGGUCGGUUGGAAAGAGAGGCUACUGGAUUACUUUUUGAUCGUGGUGUGUUCUACACUUGCGACCGUGGGAACCGUAUGGGCAUUCCUGCCAAAGAGCAUGAUUGGCGCUGAGUGAUGAGAAGGAGAUGUGGCUGCUUGGCUGGAAGGAGAGGAGACUGGUGUGGGAAGAUAUUGUGGGGUGGCGUAUCGUGCUCUGCAUUUUUAGCACUUCUGCAUUUGCAUCUGCAUUGUCUGUAAUAU